AUGGUUUCUCUUUCCCAGAUUGUUCUACUGCAAGGACCUAAAACUACUAAAGGGUGUCCAAAGGAGAGCUGUGAAGAUGGUGAAGAGGGCAAGAUGUAUGAGAAGCGGCUGGGGUUGCUUGUUUUGUUCAGCUCAGAGAAUACAAGGCUGAGGGGAGGCCUCAUGGUAGCUGCAGCUCCUCACAGGGAAUGGAAGCAGGAGGCUGAAGAUUCUUCAAACACAACUUUGGAGGGUUUUGAGGGAGCCAAAGACCCUGGCAUUCUGGAAUUUGCAGAAGCCGAAUCUGGAGCAUCCUUGGAAGAUGAAACCAGACCUGGGGGCUACCACUGCAGCCAGUGUGACCGGGUUUUGAUGUCUAUGCAGGGUCUGCGAUCUCACGAGAGGAGUCACUUGGCUUUGGCCAUGUUUACCCGGGAAGACAAGUACAGCUGCCAGUAUUGCUCCUUUGUCUCUGCUUUCAGGCACAAUCUGGAUCGUCAUAUGCAGACCCAUCAUGGACACCAUAAACCAUUCCGUUGCAAAUUGUGCCCAUUCAAGUCCUCUUACAAUAGCCGCCUGAAAACCCAUAUACUCAAGGCUCAUGCUGACUCUUCAUACUCGGAGCCUCCUGAUGUUCAGCAGCAGUUGAACCAUUACCAGUCUGCAGCUUUAGCCAGGAACAACAACGUCAGUCCAAUCCCACUUUCAGGGAGUGCUGCAGGAAUGGAAAAACGGAAGCCAUCCUCAACUGUGAAUUUUGUGAAUUCUCCUCGGGUUACAUACAGAGCAUUCGGCGUCACUACCGUGACAAGCAUGGAGGGAAAAAACUUUUCAAGUGCAAAGAUUGUUCCUUUUAUACAGGCUUUAAAUCUGCUUUUACUAUGCACGUGGAAGCUGGGCAUUCUGCAGUUCCUGAGGAAGGACCCAAAGACCUUCGCUGUCCUCUUUGCCUAUAUCACACCAAAUACAAACGCAACAUGAUUGACCAUAUAGUUCUGCACAGAGAAGAGCGGGUCGUUCCCAUUGAAGUCUGCCGUUCCAAACUAUCAAAGUACUUGCAGGGAGUUGUUUUCCGCUGUGAUAAGUGUACCUUUACCUGCUCCAGUGAUGAGAGCUUGCAGCAGCACAUAGAGAAGCACAAUGAACUGAAACCUUACAAAUGCCAACUCUGCUACUAUGAGACCAAACACACAGAGGAACUGGAUGCUCACCUUCGAGAUGAGCAUAAGGUAAGAUUCAGAUAGUUUUAAUUUGCAACUAUCUCCCUGUAAAUGCUGCAUUUAUGGUACUUGCAUGUACCCUAAAUUACUCUGUACCCUCU